AUAUGCUAGGAUAUUUGUCCUUGGACAUUAUCUGCUCCUCAAAGCUCACAUUUUUCCGAGAGCGUAGCUCGAGGAACUGACUGUUCGUUUCCGCGCCAGAUGUUUAUAUAACCGACCCACAUGAAUCAGUGAAAAUACCUUGUUUAUACAUUAUGAUAGUUUACGCUAGUACUAUUAAUUUAGUUCCUCUGAGCUCUACAUACUAGGCAUUCGGUCUGUCCACAAAAUAUCUGGACACAACAUUGCCCUGUAGGAAUCGGUACAUCUUCAGCACUGUUGAGCCUCUUUGUGACAUUCGAGGGUUGUACUGCUUCAUUUGGUAUUUCAAUGUUUCAACAUGCUAGAAGUCAGUUUGAGUUGACUAAUCAGUUCCAGCAUGAGCGUUAAAUGAAGCCGGCUUGUUGAACACGGCAUUGCUCUGGAUGAAUUUGUAGAUCGUCCUUCCAACACUUGAGCCUCUUUGUGACAUGUGUGGGUUGUACUGCUUCAUUUGGUAUUUCAAUGUUUCAACAUACUAGAAAGCAUGCAGUCUGAGUUGACCAAUGAGAUCGAGCAUGAGCUUGAAUUGCCGCCUUGUUGGACACGACAUUGCUCUGGAUGAAUCUGUACAUCUUCCUUCCAGCACCGUUGGGCUUCUUUGUGACAUGCGUGGGCUACACUGCUCCAAGCAUUUCUUUUUUCAAUGUUCGAACAUGCUAGGAGGCAGUUUGAGUUGACUGAUGUUCUAGCAUGAGCGCCUUUGUUGCUGUUAUUUCGCUGGACGAAGAUCGCGAACUAAUGAGGUGGAUAUCCGUCUGACCUCGUUGCUAUCCUUUGGACACGCGUGAACUCGUAAAAAUUUAGAAUGUGCUUUGGAAAUGAAGUAUUACUUUGACUUUACAGUAUGAACGAAUCGAAACGCUGGAAAAUAGCCAGCGCGAGAAUUGGAAAUAAGGACAAAUGCAAGCACGGAGCGCGUCAGCGUGCCGUUAGGCCGACGGGAAGGAUAACACACCUACCUUUUUCCUCUGCUGUGAACAGUCCUGGCUAUUCUGAUAAUUCUUAUCUCCAAUCACGACUACUGUAGGUCCGAUUACUGAAGAACUUAUCAAACACAAACUGAAUAACAAGAACACAGGGUUCAAAGGUAACCCAAGGUCAAUGUAUUGUUGCGCAACUAAUUCUUCUGCAACUUUAUUACUGAUAAUAAUCUCAUAUAAAAUUGGAGUAAGAACGUCUGCGUCACCAAUAUCCUCAGGUGUUUUUUAAUUAUUACUUCAGUUUGUUAAUGUUACAAGAGAACUGCUACAUAGAAAGAGAACGUGUUCUUCGCACCGUACACGUGGUCCGCCCUAAGUUCCUCUCCGCCACGCGAGCGAGUGUGUUUUGUUGAUGCUGCAGCAAGUUCCUCUCCGCCAUGCGAGCGAGUGUGUUUUAUAUAUUGAUGCUGCGUUCCAGUUGGAUAAAAAGCAGCUCGACGAUGAAUUAUUGUCCAUUGACGGCAGCAGGUCAGAUUAACAAUUUAUGCAAAACAUCUCGCUACACUUGUGAUUCAAACCGUUACACUUGGCCAAGAACCUUUCAAACGUCGACGCACGCAACACUCGCGCCAAUGUGAUCGACAAUCAUACAAAAGAUCCUGCAUGAUUAAUUAUGUUCUGAUCACAACCAAACGUCACAUAAGUAAUUACACACUUCACUCCAAUAUAUGCACCGUCGGGUCUAUUUCCUGGUGGCAGUUGGGCGGCUGACUGGAACACACAGAAUAACUCGAUUACCAAAUGUAAGUCGACGGAAUAACUUGUUACUUAGCUAAGAAAUUUGCAAGCAAUGUCAGCUAAUCGGAAUACACUUCACCGACGCAGUCUUCCCGUUACUAGUCAGGAACAUUCUCAAGUUAUAGCACAUAGGGAACGACUACAAGAAGGAGACGGCAGUCUAAAUAAAGAUCAGCGUAUUUCAAGCUUGGGAAGCUUUGAUCAUGAAAGCGACAGAAAGUACCUACUACCAAGUGUUGUUCUGCAUCACAGAAACGAAGAUAUAGGUCGCUUAGAGGCACAAAUUGCGGCAGAACAAGAUGAAGCUCCUCCUCAGUGUUUGCCUGACGACAUAACCCGGAAAAAAAUGGAGGCAAUGAAGAUAGAUCGUUACCAAGGGAAGCUACCGAAAUUGAAGCCGGCAAACAAGCCAAAUUAUGGCAUGUCUUAUCAGGCUGGAAAAAAAGAGGCGACCAGGAUUCCGAGGAAACGUGGCCGCAGCUUUAGUUGUUCAGCUUUAGUUGUUGACGAAACCAAACAAUCUGUAAAGCUGCCUAACAUAUUUGAAACGCAAAUGCCCAGCGCUAGACAUUGCGUGUCAGCCAGCUACGCUGACAUCAAGCAUGUGCAGUAUGCUAGCGACGGUAUGAAUAGAUCAACUUUGAAAAAGCGCCGUAACCAGCGUUGCAUUGGAAUACAAGAUACAUUGCUUGAUAAGGAUCUACGAUUGAGAGUCAAGGAAUUCCUGCAAAAGCCACAACCGAAAGCUAGCACUCCAAGUCUUCGAACAAAGAAAAUUCCCGAUAUUCAGCUCGAGGGGAAAGAAAAAAGGAUUCAUUAUGACAGUAGCCUAAGGGAGCAGUUUAAAGGUGUUCCUAUUAACACUAACUCAUGUCCACUGAUGAGUCAUUUCAAGGACAGAAAAUGGUACUAUCAAGACAAAACUGGAAAAUGUCGCUAUCUGAGAGUUCCAGAAUCGCCAGUCCCUCCUGUUUCGUUCGUAUUCACUGAAGACUAGAACAGAAUCAAUUUUUAUUAUUAAUUACUUUUUUUUUCAAUGGUAACGAUUUCAGUAUUGGCUAGCUCAACUGCAAAUUGACGUGUCUCCGUUAUAUACUGAUGAUAUAUCAUCAGUUUAGUA